ACCUCGCCGAAGUUUCUUCCUUACGACAUACUCUCUCAUACGCGCAAACGCAGAGGCGCCUUGGGGAGCCAGGCCAGACAUAAAAAAUGGUGCUUGAUGAAGAUAUUGUAGAGGCUGUGAUUACGGGCAAUAUCGACGCGGUGAAGGCGUGGAUUGCCGCAGAUCAAUCGCGCGUGAACGAUUUCGCCACCUUUCCUGGCUCCGAGAUGAAAUUUACGCUGCUCUCUAUCGCCGUCACCGGCAGGCGCGACGAAACAAAGCUCUCGCUAGUCCGUUUGCUCCUCGCGAACGGCGCCGACCCGUCCGUAUGUCAUGCGCCGGGGUUGACUGCGUUGUAUAUAGCCUCAGCAUGUUCUAGCCAAGGUGAACACACGGUCGAUAUCGUGUCGACACUUCUCGAGGCGGCUCCGCUUUCCAGCCAAAUCUCUGGUGGGAUGACUCCACUCCGCGCGCCUAUCGUCCAAGGAUUCGCCACUGACGGAGAAUUCGAUAUUCAUAGGGAAAGGGACGCAGUGGAAGUUAUCAAGCUGUUGCUGCGCCACGGAGCGCCACUGGACGAUUACCCCAACUACUCGGGAGAUAGACCGCGGUUUUCGGCCGACGCAUCAAUGAGGGAAGGCGAAACGAAAUUUCCCGGAUUAGCUCAAAACGAGGCUUUCGUCGAAGCAAAAGCGCUGAUCUCCGGCGUGCGCGCGUGCGGCGGUAGCUGGAAGUCCUACUGUAGGCUGCCGCACAAGCAGAUUCUCCGCCUCCGAUCGCUCCUCUCGCGCGGCCGCGCGCGUCCAAGACGCGAACCCAUACUCGAAAGAGACAUACUCGAAAAACGCGCGGCGGCCGCCUAUCGGUCGAUUGUCUUCCUGUGCAAGCUCGGGGACAACGGCAUCGUGUGGAAAAUCCUCGAGUUCUGGCAAGUGGCGCGGUAAGUGGCGCGGUGAGUAAGGGUG